AAGACCCGGUGUUAUGCUGACAUUCCCUGCGAUCCAUUUUUCACGUGUGAGAAUGGAUUCAAGGCAACUACAUCACGUGCAAAAGCCCUUGUGAAGGCGUCUCGUGCAACGAGCCAUACGGCAGUUGUGAGCUGAACAGUGCUGGGAAACCUAUGUGCAGAUGUACGAGUGACAACCGUUACGUUUACGGCGGCGACGACUGCAGCAAGAAAGGUGAGACCCUGAAACUGAGUUCCGAGUACAUCAUUGGCAUCGGCGGCGGCGUGGGCGGCGGCGUUGUCCUCAUACUGGUCAUCGCGCUCAUCGUCACCUGCUGCCGACGAAGCAAACCAGAUCCUGAGACAGACCGCAAAUCUGUGGAGUCAUUUCGCUCCGAUAUUAACGACACGACACAUGCCAAGGACAGGUCAGGGAGCAGCGCAUAUCAAGACCCAUACAACGAGCCUUACGAAAGGCGUUACGAGAACAUGAGGCGACAGGACUCGGGACUUCCGGAGCAGGACAAGUUUGAGGCUGACUUCCGGUCGUCUGCACCUCGAGCGCCAGACGCUGCUGCGAGAAGUGACAAGCCAUCCUUCCAGCGGAUGCAGCGCGAGACGAAUGAAGUCAUGGUGUACUCUCCGGAAGUGUCGCCAUUUUUUCGGAAUCAAGCAUACGAGUCUUUCCCAGAACCAGGACAUUUCACGGCGGCAAGACAGGGUGAGGUCUAUCCAUCCCGGGGAGUGCAGAGACCAUUCCAACGUCAGCCAUCCGAUACAACCCGCUGGUCCACUCGACCGCCUACCCAUCGGAGGCAUCUGCUUCUCGCCCCAUGGGGGAGGAAGAAGCUCCCGCCCGCCACGACCCUUUGGCUUCCCAUCCCGGGAAGUGGAGUUACGAGGCUUCGGCACUCAAACCAAAGCCCGUGUCACGUGAUAACUAUGGCUUCGAUGACAGGACACGCUAUGCUCCGGAGCCCAGGCUUGACCGCCCGUCGGCAGGUGUACCUAUACCUUACCUUCGACCUCCUGGGGACGUUGACCCCAGUGCCCGAGUUAGGGGCCAGAUCUUUGACUACACAGCUGGACCCGCAAGACUAAGUGACAUCAUACAAUCUUCAGCAGAAAUGUCAUCAGCAGCAUAUGAUAAGUGAUUGAUGCUGCUGUCAGCAGACAAAUACAUCAUUAACUAUGAGUGAUUGCUGACUUCACUAGUGCGUUAUACCUUUGUGUGAUCUACCCCAGUUGGCCUACAUACCUGAAGACAAUGGCUGUUAUGUGAACAAUUUUAGUCCUUCCUCCGGAUUUAUCAGAGAUGACAUCUCUUUUGACUGUUCUAUGAACGUCGUUGAUCAUCAGAUAGUUGUCUCUGCGGAGAAGGAAUUCGUCAACAGGUAAAAUGCGCCCAAGAUGAUAAACCUUGAAGUGCAGUAGUAAAAAUGAAUUACUGCCAGAAGAGCUGGGCCCUGGAGUGACAGUCUGCAUUGGGUUUACAGUUUUUUGGAGUAAGAGUAGCGUCGACCAUCGUACACAAUUUUAGUAAACACUAAAAACGUAUUCGUUAUUUUAAAAAGUAUUUAUGCUUUUAGCUUUGUUGAUCCUCGUUGAAGGCGGAGCAAACUAUAAAUUAGAGAGCUAAUAGUAAGGAAGACUACGAGACAACGGAAAGGGCCAUUGACUAAUUGAUGUUUUUCAUUUUUACCAAACGCACCAGCAUGUUUAUUCUAUGUGCAACUGUUAUAUACAUUAUAACACGAUUUAGAUAUAAAUUAUUAUUUUUCUGUAAGAUUCUACCCUUUAAAAAAAUUGAGGUGCUUAUUUUUGAUUGUUGUCAAAUGUGAGGCGCAUAUAGUGGCUGCGGUCUCUCCUUUUGUUAUCAUCUGUUUGAAAACGGAGGCUUGCAAAGAGCACAUAGUUUUCUUUGGUUACCAGAGCAAGAAGAGUGCAUUGGCAGCACCAUGCACCAUCUUUGGACUUGUGUUUUAGUUUUGUUAGUCUGGGGACGAGGGAGGCCUUUGUUACGUCACUUGGUCUACUUCUGUCACGUGCGUAGACGGAUUUCUCAGACAUGGAGCCGACUUGGCAGCGACAAUAUCCGCGGUGUUCAGGCCAGUUCUUUUUUUUUUUUGCUUAAUGUGGCGACCAUUGUCACACAAAAAUGAUUUCAACGCCCUUGUCGACAAACGGGAACAAGUGACGUGCAUGGCGACCUCGUCUCCAGCGGCCUGUCUAUGAUGUCUUUCAAGAUCGAUGAACUGUGAUCACGUGCUUCAAUUCGUCAACCAUGUGAAGUCCUCUUAUGGUGUCAUCUUUCCAUAGACUUGUGAAGCAUAUUAUCAAACCUGUUUAAUUGUAUGAUGGCGGCACUACUCGCCACUGCGUAUUCAUUAGACACGGGAUAAUCGUCUCCACCACAAAUUCAUUUGACACUGGAUUAGCUGCACUCCAGCAUAUUGGACGCCAUAAAAGGACUUUGGCAUAAAUUACCACGGUCUGCCAACAAUCGUUGGUUAGUUCCCUUUCAGUUUUCUUUUUGAAUCAUAAUUGAUCCAGCUUUUGGCACUAAGUGUUUUUAAUGUUCCUGCACUGUAAAAUGUUUUUUCCUCGGCACUACAUGGCUUGUACGCAUUGUUGUGUAUGCAAUGUUUUAUCUUAUCCCUCUUGCUCUGCAUAAUUCUGAACGCCCUUGCGCAGGCACCAAAGGUCCCAUGAUGACAACAGUGGCAUGCAAAACCCAGUUGCUUUCACCCAUAUGCAAGUGAACCACUGCAUGUUCCCUUUUCUAGCAUCUUGUUCUAGGAAAUGUGUCUAGUCACUUUUAAUGAUUACUGAUCACUACUACCAUCAAUGGUAAUAAUUAAAUAUGAUGAUAAAUAUGUUUUUACAUGGCAA